AUGGAGGCAAACGGCUUGACAAAAAACCACCCCAGUCAAGCGUUUACUGAAGGCGACAACUCCAUUAUUGACGGCGUAAAGGACGUAGAAAUCCGAGAGGAACACGGAUCAGGUAAACGGAAGGAUUACUUAUCAUGGGAGAACUAUUUCAUGGCGAUUGCAAAGCUGGCUGCAAUGAGAAGUAAGGAUCCUUCCACGCAGGUCGGUUGUGCCAUAGUCAAUCGAGAAAACAAGGUCAUAGGAACAGGAUAUAAUGGCUUCCCCGUAGGAAUAAGUGAUGACGAUUUGCCUUGGGGGAAAAACAGUGAUAAUCCUGAAGAGAACAAGUAUGCAUAUGUGGUUCAUGCUGAAGUGAAUGCCAUUAUCAACAAGAGUAUGAAUAACAUCGAAGGUUGCACGAUGUACACAACGAUGUUGCCGUGCAACGAGUGCGCCAAAAUGAUCAUACAGGUGUGUUCAAAUUACCAUUAA